CGGACAGACCGAGCAUCAUAAAGCCGAACCGAACCUAGGCUAGAUAAACUGAUAAAGCUGAGUUGAGCCGAUUCGAACCCAGCAGGGACAAGACGAGCCAAAUAGAGCCGAUCCAGCUGAACCUCAGUGCACCUCUCCGGGUCGAACUGAGCCGAGCCAUGCUGCUAGGCGUACUGGGUCACCUGCCGCUGGCCCUUGCGCGGGCGGUUCUGGCAGCGCUGCGCGGGCGGCUGAGCGCGCUGUGCUGGGAGCUGACGCCCCUCGUUCUGCCCCUGCUCUCCUGGAGGAGGCGGUCGGGCUACAGCCCCGACACCCGCGCAGCACUCCGGGACGACAAGGACGAGACGGUCCCGACGCCCACCAGCGUCAAUUACCACUUCACCAGGCAGUGCAACUACAAGUGCGGUUUCUGCUUCCAUACGGCCAAGACUUCCUUCGUGCUGCCCCUGGAGGAAGCCAAGCGGGGACUGGCAAUGCUCAAGGAGGCGGGAAUGGAGAAAAUAAAUUUCUCAGGAGGAGAACCAUUUCUUCAGGACAGAGGUGAAUUUGUAGGCCAGCUGGUCCGGUUCUGCAAGGAGGAGCUGAAGCUGCCAAGUGUCAGCAUUGUGAGCAAUGGCAGCCUGAUCAGAGAACGGUGGUUCAAGAAGUAUGGUGAAUAUUUAGACAUUCUGGCAAUUUCAUGUGAUAGUUUUAACGAGGAAGUCAACGUUUUAAUUGGCCGUGGUCAAGGAAAGAAGAACCACGUGGAAAAUCUGCAUAAACUAAGGCAGUGGUGCCGAGAUUAUGCUGUUGCUUUCAAAAUAAACUCCGUGAUCAACAGAUUUAAUGUUGAGGAAGAUAUGAAUGAUCAGAUCAAGGCACUCAACCCUGUGCGCUGGAAGGUGUUCCAGUGCCUAAUCAUUGAAGGGGAGAACAGUGGGGAAGAUGCUCUGAGGGAAGCAGAUAAAUUUGUUAUAAGCGAUGAAGACUUCGAGCAGUUCCUGGAACGCCACAAAGAUGUCCCCUGUUUGGUACCUGAAUCUAAUCAAAAGAUGAGGGAUUCAUACCUCAUUUUGGAUGAAUACAUGCGCUUUCUGAACUGUAGAAAUGGACGGAAAGAGCCUUCCAAGUCUAUCCUGGACAUUGGUGUAGAAGCAGCAAUAAAAUUCAGUGGAUUUGAUGAAAAGAUGUUCCUAAAACGAGGAGGAAAGUACGUGUGGAGUAAAGCAGACAUGAUUCUGGACUGGUAACUCUGUGCACUGAGAUGUGAUGUGCAUUUUCAAAAGAAUAUUGUGUAUACAUGUGUACAUUUAUUUAGCUGUAUGUAUAUAUAUAUUGAUUGCUGCUAACUACAAUAUGGUACACUAUACAGGUUGAUGUAUAACUUGAUACAUGAGUGAUUCUAUGAUUUUAUGAUUCUAUGAACGUGUUAAAUGUUUUUAGGAUGCAGAUUUUGUUCUUACUCAUUCACAGGUUGAAUGUUACUGAGCAGCUACAGAGCUUUCAUAGAAGUAUGAAGGACUUAAUGGCAAACCAUUAGGAUCCUGUUACAUGGUAUCUUACACAGUAUUAAGAUAAUAGAUAAGUGUGGUUGUAGAAAAAAAAAAACAAAAACAAGCAAACCCAUUAUAUAGAGUUGCAGUGGUUGAUAAGUGCAAACUCAUAUGAGGAAAUAUUCUUAUCUCCUCAUACAGUUUUUGCAGUUCCUUGCCAGCUCACAAGAGGGCCCACAGGCAAUCCUUUGGAAACAGCCCACAUCUUUUUCAGACAUAAUAGAGGGUCAGAAUGCUGUUAUCAUUAUAUAUACUCAACAGGAAAUUGGGAUUUAAAAAAAAAACAAAAACAAAAACAGUUUUCCUUUUUAAAAUGUUAAAGGCAUCUGUUGUUUUUCUCCCUCCUCUCCAUACACACAUGUGGCAUUUGCAAAAAUACUGGCUGAAAAUAUUGUUUUUAGUCAUGUGAGAAUAUUGUUUUUCUCCUAAAACAUGAAAAUGAAUUUUACCCAAUAACAAGCAACUUCUUGAUUCACAUUGACAAUGACCUCAGUUCUGACAAAAAUUUACAGUGGAAACAAUGUUUGCAUUUUAUUCAUAACUUUGUCCAUUCUCCUCUUUUCUGCAAAAGUUGAUUUAUUAUUUUCAACAGCCACUUGCACACAGAUUUGUUCAAGAUCCUUUCUGAAAUGAGUGAAUAAUAUGUAAGGCACUUCACACGUGUCUUCUCUUGAAUACAGGCAGGGCUUCUUCCCAUGCUUUUUGUUUUGCUAAGGCAUGGAUGUGCAAACAACAAGGCUCAUAUAUCAUGUACACUUCUUUUGAAGGUUGCUGGCUCUUACCUGCUGGUUGCUAACCGGCAGAUAUUGAGUGAAACUCAUGGGGUUUUCUGAAGGCUGUCUGUGAUUUGAAAAGCUGGCAGCAUUAAUAUGUAAUAGAAAAUAGACAAACAAAAACACCUUGUGAUAAUUAAAUGUGCUGCCUGCUUGCUUGGUGUUCUGAUAAUUUUAUAGUGUUCUAAUUACAGUUUUUCAAAGCUAAUGGUCCCAUCCUCCCCAGAGCUCUAUAUGGGGACCUGAGGGUAACCUUUGCACAAACAGCAGUGAGCAGGCACUGCUUGUUCUCACUGCCCAUUGCACUUUCUGCCCAGGCUGCCUCAAAUGUCUGAAUACUUUCAAACGCUGGAAGCCAGCAUGCAUUAAACAUACUAUGCACAGUACACCUUCUUUCCCUUUUCUGACUGUACCCAUAUUUUUAAAGACAUUUUAAAGAGAAAUGUCUUGCAUUCACCCAAUGCAUCUUCAGAACUAAGGGGAAGGCUCUUAAACAGGAGCUGGUUCUUCUGAAGAGCAAAAAGAUGCACCUCUGAAAACUGUGAAUAUGUUUCAGUUUACAGUUCUUUGCGUUUCUGUUUUUACUGCCCUAACUGCAAAUGCACCAUCUCAGUGGUGCUCCUUUGCCUUUUUGCAUCUUGCCUUCACUUCCGAUGCAUUUCUGUAUUUUUUUUUCUCUUUAUUUAUACUCGGUGACAUUUUAAAUGUGGCCCACACGCAUUAACCCCACAGUCUUUUGGCAGCUGUUCUGCUGACCUCUGCUGGAGUUUUGCCCGAGUGCCAACUACGGGCAGCGCAAAUCCAUGUGACUGCAGUGCUUUACUUCCUCUGUGCUCCCAUUGCUCAGGCGUGAAGUCUGUCUUCUUCCUCAGCACCGACGCUGCGUGAUAGAAAAGGAGCAUUUUCCUUUGCUGCUGGCUCAGCCCCAGCCCGAGGAAAGAUUUAGUGCGUCCCUGUGCCACUAAAUCCACCCGCUUGCCGCUGCUGCAGAAAACGCCAGCUGUAUCGCGGCACGCAGAUGUGCGGUGCACAAAACCCCAUUCAGAGCCAGAAAUCCUGCCAUGCUUCCUUGAGUGUUCUGCUCUGUAAAUGGCCAUUGUUGUGCUCCAAGAGAUCGCUGUGCUGCAGGAGGAAGCUGCAAGAUAAACAAAAGGAGCUGAGAAUGCGAAAGCGCUGUGAAUAGUUUGAACACUAAGGCACGGAGGAUGGUUUUAAUCACAAGGUUCUAAGUUAUUUCUUAAAAUGCUCAGGACUCUGCAUUGCUUCUUGCCAUCGUACAUAACUGAGAAAAUGGUUCUGCUCUGUGUGACU